AUGUCUUCACCGGCCAAUCGGAGGGGUCGUUCCUCUAAACAAACAACUGCAUCGCCAGCGCCAUCUCGUGAGCCUCCUAGCAGCCCAACUCAACAGGCCACCCCCCGCGCUGCCAGACGCUUGGCAGCCGAGCGAAAUGUCCCUUCAUCCUCUCCUAUGUUUUUCCAAUCUUCCCCAACCAGAAGCAACCAUGGUGCAGAGACACCAGAUGUUCGUAUGGCUGAAGCGAGUUCGACUGUGGACGACGGCGAACGGACUCCCCGCGCUGGUGCAGGAAUUCGAGACUCAUCCCCAAUCAACUACAUCCCCAGUUCUAGUCCCACGCGCGGCUUCGGUCGAUCAGACAUUCGAUCCGACAUUCGAUCGGAUGCCAAUAGCAUAAGCAGUGGGUUAUUCGUAUCACCAGGUGGUCAGAGCCGUCGCACUGCCCCUCGUCGCAGUGAUCUUUCAGGUGGCUUUGGAGCAACCCCCUCUCGCAGAAACCGAAUUAUCGUUGACUCCAAUGGAAUGCCCUCGGGUGACAAUUUCCCUCGCUCCGAUGCCACUUUUUCGAACAUCAACCCUGGCACCUCCGAGGCAGAGGCCAUGGCUGGUAACUCCACGCGUGUGAUCUGGGGUACCAAUGUCUCGGUUUCAGAUUCCAUGUCCGCUUUCAAGAACUUCCUGUAUAACUUCGCCACAAAAUACCGCCUGUGGGCAGACGGUGCUACAGAGGACGAGACUCGCAUUUUGGGUAGUGCUGCAGAGAAGCGUGAAUAUAUCACCAUGCUGAAUGACAUGCGACGACUCGGUGUGACGACUUUGAAUCUCGACGCCAGGAACUUGAAGUCAUAUCCUCUGACACAGAAGCUGUGGCAUCAGCUUCUCGCAUACCCGCAAGAAAUUAUCCCCUUGAUGGAUCAGACCAUGAAAGAUGUCAUGGUUGACCUGGCCCUAAAAGAAAUGGAUAUGUUGCGUUCCGAGAGCCAGCGCGGAGCCGCAGGCCAGCACCGCCGUGGCCAAUCUAUCCUCACCUCCGAUGGAGUGCUUCCCCAAGGUGAUGUGCCUGACCUCGUGGGUGAAGUCGAAAACAUGACAUACAAAGUGCUUCCAUUUGGCUUGGAUGCGACUGUGAACAUGAGAGAUCUUGACCCAGCUGACAUGGACAAGCUGGUCAGCAUCAAGGGAUUGGUUAUUCGGGCAACCCCCAUUAUUCCCGACAUGAAAGAAGCUUUCUUCCGCUGUAAUGUCUGCAGUUACGGUGUCCAGGUUGACAUUGACCGAGGCCGUAUCCAGGAACCGACUAUUUGCCCCCGAGACUCAUGCAAGUCGAAGAACUCUAUGCAGCUCCUCCACAACCGCUGCUCUUUCUCGGAUAAGCAGGUCAUCAAGCUCCAGGAAACCCCCGACAGCAUUCCUGAUGGUCAGACCCCUCACUCCGUUUCUCUCUGUGUGUAUGACGAGCUGGUCGACGUUUGCAAGGCCGGUGACCGUGUCGAGGUGACGGGUAUAUUCCGUUGCAAUCCUAUGCGUGUGAGUGCUCGACAGCGCUCUCAGAAGGCUCUCUUCAAGACCUACAUCGAUGUGCUUCACGUUCAAAAGGUCGAUCGCAAGAAGUUGGGCAUUGACGCGUCGACUGUCGAGCAAGAGAUGUCCGAGCAGGCAGCCGAGGCGGAUCAGGCCCGUAAGAUUUCUGCGGAGGAGGAAGAGAAGAUCAAGUUGACAGCUACUCGACCGGAUGUCUACGAGCUACUCGCCCGAUCGGUGGCCCCUAGUCUCUACGAGAUGGACGACAUUAAGAAAGGUAUCUUGCUGCAAAUGUUUGGCGGCACGAACAAGACCUUCCAGAAGGGUGGUAACCCACGCUACCGUGGUGACAUUAACAUUCUUCUCUGCGGUGACCCUUCGACCGCCAAGUCCCAGCUCCUGCGUUAUGUCCACAAGAUUGCCCCUCGUGGUGUCUACACCAGCGGUAAGGGUUCUUCGGCUGUUGGUCUUACAGCCUACGUGACCCGUGAUCCUGAGACUCGCCAGAUGGUGCUGGAGUCCGGUGCCCUGGUCCUCUCUGAUGGCGGUACCUGCUGCAUUGACGAGUUCGACAAGAUGAACGAAGCUACUCGAUCCGUCCUCCACGAGGUCAUGGAACAGCAGACUGUUUCCAUUGCCAAGGCCGGUAUCAUCACCACCUUGAACGCCCGCACGUCAAUUCUGGCCUCCGCCAACCCUAUCGGCAGUCGCUACAACCCCAAAUUGCCCGUCCCGCAAAAUAUCGACCUACCCCCCACUCUGCUCUCUCGUUUCGAUCUGGUGUAUCUGGUUCUGGAUCAUGUGGAUGAGACCGAGGAUCGCCGAUUGGCGAAGCACUUGGUUGGCAUGUACCUGGAGGACGCCCCUGAGAAUGCAAACACGGAGGAAAUCCUGCCGAUUGAAUUCCUCACAGCCUACAUCACCUACGCCAAAACCCAGAUCCAGCCUGCUCUGACCCCGGCCGCCGGUGCUGCCCUGACUGACGCCUACGUCGCCAUGCGCCAGUUGGGAGAUGACAUCCGGGCCACUGAGCGCCGCAUCACGGCGACUACCCGUCAAUUAGAGUCGAUGAUCCGCUUGUCAGAGGCACACGCCCGUAUGCGCCUGUCGUCGGAGGUGACUGUCUCCGAUGUCGAGGAAGCGGUGCGUCUGAUUCGCUCUGCCAUCAAGCAGGCCGCCACCGAUGCUAGAACCGGUCUGAUUGACAUGGGUUUGCUCACGGAAGGCACCAGUGCCAGCGAGCGUCGCCUUCGGGAUGAUCUGAAGAAGGCUGUGCUGGCUCGUCUAGAAGAUCGCGGAGGUGUCAACCAUGCCCCCGUCCGCUGGACAGAUCUUUACCGUGAUAUGAACGAGCACAGUGACCUGCAGAUCGAGCACCAACAGUUUUCCGAUGCGGUCCGAUCGCUUGAGGCCGAGGGGGCCGUGAACGUGUUGGGUGAAGGACCCCGGCGGAGUAUCCGUCGGGCGGCCAUGGGAAUGUAA